AUCUUUAGAAAUAGGAAGUAUUUCCAAGUGACUUAUUCAGUUCUUAUUUUGCAACGUGGCAUUUCUUACAAAACGACUUUAAAUAAUAAAGUGUGUCUAACUUGUUUUUUAUUCAAAAUAAGAUGGAAAAGAAACUAAGAAACUGUCUAUUAUUACUUUUGUUACUUCUAUUCGGAGCAGGUUUCCCAACUUCAUUAUUCUUUUUGAAUAAUAGUAGUAAAAACGAUGCACCUAGUGUUCCUAAGGAGGCACAUGUGGAUUUAAAACCAGACGCAUCUGAUAGCGAGUCAGUAAGUGAGCUUAAUAAUCUAUUAGGGAAAAAUAUUGAACCUGAUGAAAGAAAAAAUAAUCGUUUUAAUAUUUUACUUGCCGACCAUUUUGGAAUUAUUCGGUUCAAUGGUGACAUUCUCCAGGGACAGUACUAUAAAGUGUAUUGCCUAAAUAUAAAUAGUAAAAAAGAAGAAUUGGAUAACUUAACAAACAAUGAUAAUGAAAUUUUGGUUAAUAAUCUCACUCCGUCAAGUACUUAUCGUUUCGAAUUUGUGGCUUGUAAUGAAACAAGUUGUUCUGAUCCUGUUGUAACUAAGGAUUUUCAAACUGAUCCAAUUCCAGUCGGAGAUGAACGUAGUGGACCAAGCGAACUGAAAAUAACAAACUUUACUGAAAAAGAAUGUAUGUUUCUUUGGAAGAAACCUAUAAAUAAUACAAAGCUGCUAAAGUAUUCACUCAAGGCAUGGAAAUAUGAUGAAUUUCUAAAUAAAAAGUCCCCAAAAUUUGAUUACAUAAGUGUGGAUGAGAAGGUUGAAAUGUCUGAAACGCUUGAAAAUCUACAACCUGCAACUAAAUACAUAAUCGUUGUUAAUACUGUUUAUUUUAAUGAAUAUGGUAAUUCUAAUGUAACAGCAGAAUGUACUACCUUACAUAAAAAAUAGUACUGAUCACCCUGUACAAAAGGGGAAAUUUCAAUUUCACUCGACUUUUAUUGUGAAAAUGUUAUUUACAAGCAGAUAUAUUAACAUUGUAAACCUUAAAGUUUCUAAGGACUUUUAUAUUUGUAAGCUUUGUUCUUUAAUUAUUGUAGAAUAAAAUAUAAAUAGAUAAAAUGCACAUUCCCAGAUAA